UCGGUCUGGCCGGAGGCGUGGCGGUGAAGGAGUGUGGCCGCGUCGUGAAAGCGCCACAAACACUCGCGGGUUGACGGCUGCGAGUCCAUCUUGUCCGCGCCGCGCUGUUUGCGCGCGAGGCUCUCCUUCCCAGGGCGGCUGUGAAGCGAAAGGCGGAAAGGGAAAAAAACCUUAGAAGUAAUUCGGCAGUAACUGUGCACCGGGAGUGUGGGUGGCGCCGACUCCCGCGGUAACGGUGAUCAGCGGCCCCAGGGGGUGCGGGCCUGAAGAGGCGGCAGGAAAAUGCGGCCCUUGGACCUGGACGAGCUGGAAGCUCCGGAGGAAGUGGAAGUGCUGGAGCCCGAGGAGGAUUUCGAGCAGUUUCUGCUCCCAGUCAUCCACGAGAUGCGGGAGGACAUCGCGGCUCUGACCCGGGAGCACGGGCGAGCGUACAUGCGGACCAGGAGCAAGUUGUGGGAGAUGGACAAUAUGCUCAUCCAGAUCAAAACGCAGGUGGAGGCCUCGGAGGAGAGCGCCCUGAAUCACGCCGAGCGGCCCGGCGGGGAAGCCGACGAGAGAGUGUCGGAGUUGUGCGAGAAGGCGGAGGAGAAGGCCAGGGAGAUCGCGAAGAUGGCAGAGAUGCUGGUGGAGCUGGUCUGGCGGAGAGAGAGGAGCGAGGCGUCCUGAGCGCGCGCGACGGGAGUCAGUCAUUGCCGAUGCAGAAAUCUGAGAAUGUCUUGAUGGUAAAUUUCUUCCAAUCGUGCUUUAGGUUCACAGCUGAUGGACUCUGGCCAACUGGUAAGGAUGGGCUGACACCUCGAGGAACUGCAACAGCUUGUUUUUUUCUGUUUUUAUGUAGUUUUUACCCCCAUGUAACAGUCUCCCUUAUGGUCAGUGAUCUUGAUAUGGGUUUAGAUUGUCAAAUGUAUUUGGUUCCUGAAAAAAUAACUUCUGUUUGAGAAGUACAUACUCAUAAGAACAACGGGGCUUAAUCAAAAGUUGUUUCCGUGGUCACGUUUAUUCUUGCUACUUUGCUGUGUUUUUGAAAGGUUGGGCACAGCCUUAGUAUUUUGCUGUGACUCAUGUGACCUAAUUGUUUUCUGGAACUUUGGAACACGUGAAGACUUGGGGUCAGCAUCUUCCAAUUUUACAUGUGCCGUGGGAGGCGCUGUUAGGAUGUAGCCUGUGGAGACAGGAGGAGGGAGACUGCUUUGGAUAAGACUGGAAAGCACUAGAAGACAGUUGAAGAUGGAAGAUGGUUGUGUAUAUAUUUUGGAACUUGAAUUCCUUUGUGAGACAAAGGAGGAGCUAUGUUUUGUGGCAUAUUGUCUGGUGUAUAUUGUGUGACCUGUCAGGUGAGUUUCUUUAGACAACCUAGCUUACUCCAAAUAACAAGUUGAAUAGGGAGUGAUGGAGAAUGUUUCACUAUGGUAAUACUGUCAUACAUGACAGGGGUUUCAGAGUAUGGCAUCAAAGAGCCCGGCUACAGAGAGCCUUGGGAGGCGGGAGGAGGGAAAAGAUAUCCCCAGGGCCCAGAAAGUCCCUUCUAGUUCAUGCGGGUAGUAGAACUGACAGGGAUUUGAGGUCAAAUUCAGACAUGUCAUAAGUGUUCAUUUGCUUUGAAAAACAAAGACCUAAAAAGCCUUUUUUUUAAAAAAUUUUUGUUCAGAAGACCAGUGCCCCUGUGUGUAUGAAUAAAAGAAGCAUAAAUAAACUUCUUUUGAAAUGGA